AUCAACACUGUGUCUCAGUUAUUCCGUCAACAGUGUGUGGAGUAGUCGUCGGUCAUAACAGAGGCAUAAACAUGAGUGUGGAGGCGUACGGGCCGAGCUCUCAGACUCUGACGUUCCUCGACACCGAGGAAGCCGAGCUGCUGGGAGCGGACACCCAGGGCUCCGAGUACGACUUCACCGACUUCACCCUGCCGAGCCAGACCCAGACUCAAGGCCAGAGCCAGCUGGACCACCAGGUUAAUGGCCCUGACGGCAUACUACAGAAUGGUGAUGACCCUGUCAUAAAAGCCAGUCAGCUGCUAGCAGAGUUGAACUUUGAGGAGGAUGAGGAGGACACCUACUACACCAAGGAUCUGCCUCUACAUGCCUGCAGUUACUGUGGGAUUCAUGAUCCAGCCUGUGUGGUAUACUGCAACACCAGCAAGAAGUGGUUUUGUAAUGGACGCGGAAACACAUCCGGCAGCCACAUUGUAAACCACCUGGUGAGAGCAAAGUCCAAGGAGGUGACCUUGCAUAAAGAUGGCCCUCUGGGGGAAACAGUACUGGAGUGCUACAACUGUGGCUGUCGCAAUGUCUUCCUUCUGGGCUUCAUCCCUGCCAAAGCCGACUCAGUAGUGGUGCUACUGUGCAGGCAGCCAUGUGCCAGCCAGAGCAGCCUGAAGGACAUCAACUGGGACAGCUCACAGUGGCAGCCUCUCAUCCAGGACCGCUGCUUCCUGUCCUGGCUGGUCAAAAUCCCUUCAGAGCAGGAGCAGCUCAGGGCUCGUCAGAUCACCGCCCAGCAGAUCAACAAGCUGGAGGAACUCUGGAAGGAAAAUCCCACUGCAACAUUGGAGGACCUGGAGAAGCCUGGUGUGGAUGAGGAGCCCCAACAUGUGCUGCUCCGCUAUGAGGAUGCGUACCAGUACCAGAACAUCUUUGGUCCUCUUGUGAAGCUGGAGGCUGACUACGAUAAGAAACUUAAAGAGUCUCAGACUCAAGACAACAUAACUGUCAGAUGGGACUUGGGCCUGAAUAAAAAGAGGAUUGCUUAUUUCAGUCUUCCCAAGACAGACUCAGACAUGCGACUGAUGCAGGGAGAUGAAAUUUGCCUGAGGUACAAAGGAGACCUGGCCGCUCCGUGGAAAGGCAUCGGACAUGUCAUCAAGGUCCCCGAUAACUAUGGUGAUGAGAUUGCCAUAGAGCUAAGGAGCAGUGCCGGGGCUCCAGUGGAGAUCCCACACAACUUUCAGGUCGACUUUGUGUGGAAGUCCACUUCCUUUGACAGGAUGCAGAGUGCCCUGAAGACGUUUGCGGUGGAUGAAACUUCCGUGUCUGGUUACAUCUACCACAAGCUGCUGGGACAUGAGGUAGAGGAUGUGGUCAUCAAGUGUCAGCUGCCCAAACGCUUCACUGCUCAAGGCCUGCCGGACCUUAACCACUCACAGGUGUACGCUGUGAAGACAGUGCUGCAACGUCCUCUCAGUCUGAUCCAAGGUCCUCCUGGCACAGGAAAGACCGUAACCUCUGCGACCAUCGUCUACCACCUGGCCAGACAGGGCAACGGGCCAGUGCUGGUGUGUGCUCCCAGUAACAUCGCCGUCGACCAGCUGACAGAGAAGAUCCACCAGACAGGCCUCAAGGUUGUGAGGCUGUGUGCCAAGAGCAGGGAGGCUAUCGACUCGCCUGUGUCCUUCCUGGCUCUGCACAACCAGACCCGUAACAUGGACAGUAUGCCAGAACUUCAGAAACUCCAACAGCUGAAGGACGAGACUGGAGAGCUUUCCUCCUCAGACGAGAAGCGCUACAGAGCUCUGAGACGCACCGCUGAGAGGGAGCUGCUUAUGAAUGCCGAUGUGAUCUGCUGUACCUGUGUCGGGGCAGGGGAUCCUCGUCUGGCCAAGAUGCAGUUCCGCUCGAUCCUGAUUGAUGAGAGCACCCAGGCCACUGAACCCGAGUGCAUGGUGCCUGUGGUCCUGGGGGCCAAACAGUUGAUACUGGUGGGGGAUCACUGCCAACUGGGCCCUGUGGUGAUGUGUAAGAAGGCAGCCAAAGCUGGUCUGUCCCAGUCUCUGUUUGAGCGUCUGGUAGUUUUGGGGAUCCGGCCAAUCCGUCUGCAGGUCCAGUACCGCAUGCAUCCGGCCCUCAGCGCCUUCCCCUCCAACAUCUUCUAUGAGGGCUCUCUGCAGAAUGGAGUCACUGCCGGGGACCGUGUGAAGAAAGGCUUUGACUUCCAGUGGCCGCAGCCUGACAAGCCUAUGUUCUUUUAUGUCACCCAAGGCCAAGAGGAAAUAGCCAGCUCUGGAACAUCCUAUCUCAACAGGACUGAGGCAGCCAAUGUUGAGAAAAUAACCACAAGGUUGCUGAAAGCUGGAGCAAAACCCAAUCAGAUUGGCAUCAUAACACCCUAUGAGGGACAGAGGUCCUACUUGGUCCAGUACAUGCAGUUCAGUGGCUCCCUCCAUACCAAACUCUACCAGGAGGUGGAAAUAGCCAGCGUGGAUGCCUUUCAAGGCAGAGAGAAGGAUUUCAUCAUCCUGUCCUGUGUGAGGGCCAAUGAGCACCAGGGCAUCGGCUUCCUCAAUGAUCCCAGACGUCUCAAUGUGGCACUCACCAGGGCCAGGUAUGGUGUGAUUAUUGUGGGAAACCCCAAGGCCCUGUCCAAGCAGCCUCUGUGGAACCACCUGUUGAACUACUACAAGGAGCAGAAGGUCCUGGUUGAAGGGCCCCUUAACAAUCUGAGGGAAAGCCUCAUGCAAUUCAGCAAGCCCCGCAAGCUUGUCAACACCAUCAACCCUGGGGGUCGAUUUAUGAGCACAGCCAUGUAUGAUGCCAGGGAAGCCCUCAUUCCUGGAUCUGUUUACGACCGCAGCAGUAGCGGACGUUCGUCCAAUAUGUAUUUUCAGACCCACGACCAGAUUGGUAUGAUCGGCACAGGCCCCAGUCCCAUGACUUCCCUGAACAUCCCCAUCCCCUUCAACCUUGUGAUGCCCCCCAUACCUCCACCUGGGUACAUUGGUCAGGUCAAUGGACCCUCUGCAGGUCGUGGUGGAGGAAUGAAAGGCAAGGCAGGCAGUGGAGGAGGAGGCGGGACUCGAGGUGGGCGUCAAAGAAACCGCGGCAACAUGGGAAACCACAGUGGAGGAAAUGGAGGAGCAGACCGGCAUGGAGGCCACAUGAGUGGAAGCCAGGCCAGCCAGGAUCUGGGCUCCCAGCCCUUCUCCCAGGGGCCUCUGACGCAGGGCUACAUCAACAUGAGCCAGCCGUCUCAGAUGAGCCAGCCCGGACUCUCCCAGCCUGAACUCUCACAGGACAGUUACCUAGGAGACGAGUUCAAGUCCCAGAUUGAUGUGGCUUUGUCCCAAGACUCCACCUACCAGGGGGAGCGGGCCUACCAACACGGUGUUACUGGACUGUCCCAGUACUAGACUGUUGCUGGAAAGGAGCUAGGCCCGUGUGAAGCUUAGUUCAAUGGCAAUUUAUUCUGGGUAAUAAAAAAAAAAAAGAACAAACAUGGAUACCCGUUUUCCACUGCUACAACCGAAGCACCACUGUGUGAAAGUAACAGGAAAGAGACCGUGAGAAACCAACCAAUCACAAGAGUGAGAGCAACAAUGGGAGUAGAGCUGGACAGGAAGAGAGCAAGAGACGAGAGAGUGUCAGGCUGGUGGAGGAGAGAAGGCUCUGCUGCUCACACGCGAGAACAUGGCGAAGGAGAAAACUGUCGUUGACGGAGCAGCGCAGUCGGAGAGGCAAGACCUUCGACAGGUCGAGGAGGCUGGAAGGUCCGAAACGAUUCUGGAGGGGGGGGAAGGGGAUGGUUGACUGUGUCAUCUUGUCCAUCGGGCGCCCCUGAACCCUCUGGGAUCUCCAGGCGGUAUGAUUGGGAAUCUUGCUCCAAAAGCUGAGAAAGAUGGAGAAAAGGUGUCUCACACAAAUGUCCUCCAAGCUAACUCAACAGGACGCCUUCUGUGACUUGGAGAGAGAGAGAGAGAGAAAACAAAAGGGGACACAACUCUUGAAGCAGUUGAUAUGGCAACUAAUAAACUCAAAGCUUGAAUUGAGGCUCUGCAUUUGAUCACAUCUAAGCAUCCAGGAGAGAAGAGUGUAAAAACACUGUUUGGCUUUUCAAGUGAACUCAAAAGUGCUUGUGGUGUUGUGCCUCAAAGAGAUCAAAUGAAGUAUGAGGAUCACAUAGCCACGGAUCAUUCGCUUUUCUUUCUCAGCUAUGAGUUAGAAAGUUUUCAUUGAGGUAAUCUGUAAUGCAAGCUAGUCUAGUUGGCCGUCUUUCAAGGCAGGUUUUCAAGGUGGUAUGCAUAGAACAAGUGGUGGAAUUAGCUUUUAAAAACAUAAAUGUAAAAGGAAUAACAUCUUUGUCUCCAGAUCUGAGGAGGUGAGCUCCAAAGAUAGAGUAUAGUGAGACAAUUUUGUUUUUGUUCUUCUAAGUACUACAAAAGAGUGAAAGUGAACACCAUAACCAGCUUAUAACUGAAUGAAGCUGCCAUUCUUCUCUGCUGACCCUUAAGCCACUAAAGCUAGCAGACCGAGAUCAUCUUGAGCGUAACUAGCAAAAUGCAUCAUAUAAGUAAAUUAAGAGGGAAGUUAUUCUCAAAGACCCCUUCUCCAAAAGUUAAAAAAAACAUGCAUACAUGAGAUUAUUUAUGUGCAUGUUAAGCACCUGAUUGUUACAGUACAGUGAAAUAAGAAAUCACUUUUAUGAAAGAAAUCAUGACCUGGAGUUUUCCUGCCCAUUGAGUACAUAACACGACUACUCGGUACGAAGGGUGGUGAAAACUUUUAAAGGCCCAUCUCAAUAAUGUGUUAAAGAAAAAACGUUAUCAAAGAUUUCCCCAUGUACGAUGAUAGUGAUUGAUAUGUUACAUUUCUGAAGGCCCGAUGAUUACAUCUCAAGAGGUUGCACGUUGUACAUGCACUGUGAAAUUUGACCGAAAACCUCUUGAGACACUAUGACCCAAGUUUAACAUUGUGGUCUUCCCCUAUUUAUUUAUUUAUUUAUUUUAAAAAAUGUGGACCUUUGUUGUCCUAAAAUAAAUAUAACUUAUAAUAUAAAAAUGUGAAACUGUCACAAGUAUUAGUGCAUCAUGUCAAGGGCUGAACAGUUAGUUCUAUAACUUUGAUAAACAUUAGGGACCUUAGUGUUCUAGUUUCGCCUGCAUAUGUUGUAAGUUCUCAUUUCACAUACUAGUGACUUCUCCAUGAAGUUGUUUUUUUCAGUAUCUGAUUUUCUUAUGAGGUGUAAUAACUACUUACCGUACCUCUGACCUAAAGCUGGUUUGAAUAAGCUCAACAUCACUUCAUAAAUGCUUUUACAGAGCACUUGCUAAAAAGGAGCUCAGAAUGACAGAGGAAAACAAACAGCCACAGGGAUUUCUAUACAUUUCUGAAAAGACGCGUCACUAACGAGCUAUUUAGGUACUUUAAUUCCCACAAUAAUUAAUUACUAACCAAAGCAGGUCAGGUUUUGGCCAACUUCAGCUGUGUAGAUGGUACAUCUUACUGCAUAGGACACAUCAAAUUAUUUAUACCCCUUUUCUCAAUGAAUUUUUAUGUAGAGAAGUAUCUGUUUAGACUCUAAAUGUAUGUAACAUCCUAUUUGGAUAAGAUCGUUACUAGCUAGAUGCACCCAUUUGUUGACAUAUUUAAAGUCUAACUCAGUCUUUUGAGGAAGAUAGAAAAAUACCAAUAAUUGACGACCACAUCUCUCACCAACACACGUACAGUAGUUUGUGCAUGUCCUGUGACUUUAGGGUAACUUUUUGAGUUGGAUUUUUUUGCUAUGAAAGUCUUUGUUUGGUCUAUUUUGCUGUUUAGAACUGAAGUGAAAAAGUUUUGUCCCUGCACUAUUUUGUAUGUCUGCUGAUUGAUGUUAGUAGUAAUACAA